AUGGGACUCUUCCCUUCAAAUCUCCGAAGUCCGCCAAAAUAUCUCCUAGGAUGCAUUCUGUGCUCAGCCAACGGCCUCCUCUUUGGGAUGGACACAGGCACCAUCGGCCCUGUGACCGACAUGACCGACUUCAAGGCCACAUUUGGCGGCAGUGAGAACUCGACUAUCCACGGUCUAAUCGUAUCCUGCAUCUUGAUCCCAGCUGCUCUCUCGUCAUUCUUUGCCGGCUAUGUCGCUGAUCGACUCGGUCGACCCAAGGGCAUCGCCAUUGGAGUAUUUAUUUUCGGUAUCGGUGCAGCGAUCGAAGCCGGGGCCGUGGCAUUAUCUAUGUUCAUUAUUGGUCGCAUUGUGGAAGGACUCGGAGAGGGCCUUUUCCUUGGCAAUCUCGUUGUUCUGAUUUGUGAGAUUUCGCCUACCCGUACGAGAGGGGCCAUGACGACUGGUCCCCAGUUGGCUACCACUUUGGGAUUGGUUCUGGGAUAUUUCGUCAGCUAUGGAACUUCGAGUGUUCAAUCGUCGCUUUCGUGGCGAUUGCCUUUCGUUGUUCUGGCGAGUCUUUCUAUGAUUAUGUGCUGCUUGUCUCUUUUCUUGCUCCCGGAAUCACCGCAAUGGCUUGGACUGCAUGGUCAAUAUGCCUUGGCUGAAAAGGCGUGGGAGAACCUGGGCGUGCGUCCCGAGGAGCGUGAGAAAGUCCAAGCCAGCGUCCAGGUCACUGAAUUGCACUCUGAUUCCGGCGAGGAAGUCAAAGAGAACACUACUAAAAAGCUUCUUGAAAUCUUCUCCAAGGAUGUUCGCGGGCGAACACUUCUCGCUGUCUUCUUGAUGGGAAUGCAACAAAUGAGUGGAAUAGACGGAGUCCUUUAUUACGCACCCCAGCUAUUCCAACAGGCCGGCCUUGCCUCUUCCGAAGCCAGUUUCCUGGCAUCUGGAGUCUCAGCAAUCGUUAUUUUUGCAGUCACCAUCCCAGGACUAAUCUAUGCAGAUAAAUGGGGCCGUCGAACCAGUAUCAUCUAUGGGGGUAUUGGAAUGGCCAUUCUGAUGUUCUUGAUGGGCGGUCUCUAUGCCGGAGAAGCUGUGCAUAAAACAACCGGCGCUGGCCGAUGGGUUGUAAUUGUCUGCAUCUUCCUAUUUGCUGCUCUAUACUCAGUCAGCUGGGGUAUAUCUGUCAAGGUCUACAGUGCUGAGAUUCAGCCGCAGCGGACUCGUGCAUCCGCUACCACAUUGUCUCAUUCAAGUAAUUGGGUCACCAACUUUCUGGUGGCUUUGACUACUCCUGUCCUGCUUGCAAAGAGCAGUUAUGGUGCUUACUUCUUGUGGGGUGGGUGCUGUGUGGUGACUGUUAUUGUCAGCGUGAUAUACAUGCAUGAAACUAAAGGUCGGACCUUUGUCCAGAUUGAGGAAGCAUUUAAGGGAAGAAAGCUAAGUGAGGAUGCUGAAUGCACUGAAAUUACAAGCAGGACAUGA